AAGGGAGCUUGCCCUGGCUGGAGGCAGAACUUUCUUUCUCACUUGCCAGGGAGCCGUUCUCUCUGCAGCUGUCACCCAGGCAUGGACCACCUGCGUGAGACCUUCCUCGGCCUCGAGGAGGGCUUGGGCCCCUCCGACAGCCCCGGCCUGCUGUCGUCCUGGGACUGGAACGACAGGGCAGGGCCCUUUGAGUCGAAUGAGGCCUCCCCCACUCAGAGCCUGUCUCCGGCUCCAUCGCUGGAGUCCUAUGCUUCUUCUCCCCGUCCAGCCGUGGCUGGGCUGCCCUGUGGGCACAGAGGUGCCAACAGUGGGGGCAGCGGUGCCUGCGGUGGCCGUGGGACCGGUGGCCUGGGGGAGGUGGACUACAACGUGUUAGCCUUCCAGCCCGCCUACCUGCAGGGCGCUGGUGGCCCCAAGACCCAGAAGGGCGCCAAAGUCAGGAUGUCCGUGCAGCGGAGACGGAAGGCCAGCGAGAGGGAGAAGCUCCGAAUGAGGACCUUGGCCGAUGCCCUGCACACCCUUCGGAAUUACCUGCCACCCGUCUACAGCCAGAGGGGCCAGCCGCUCACCAAGAUCCAGACGCUGAAGUACACCAUCAAGUACAUCGGAGAGCUCACAGACCUCCUCAACGGCGGGCGAGAGCCUCGGCCCCAGAGCGCUUGA